CACCACCGGGCCAUUCUCCACAGCCGUUACCGAGUCGAUCGAUAUUGCUGGGUUUGGUUGGAAUUCUUCCAAUCGAGAGCGACGAUGGAAGGCGGCGACGAAAUUCGGCGACGCGCGCUGGAAGAGGCUUUUGGGGAGUCCUCCGACGAUGACGGCGCUGGCGGUGGCGAGGAAGAAGAAGAAUCGGAUCCCUCCUCUUCCGCCUGCUCCCUUCUCCUGGGCAGGAAGAGCGCUACGGACGGCCUCUUAAAUGGGAGAUGGUCGAUGGGGUUAAAGGUUUGUGGCUCUGCCGGGACUUUCUCUCAGCAGCUCAACAGUCAUCCCUGCUAUCCGCGAUCCAACAUGGUAGUGGAGAUGCAUCCGGGUUUUAUUUUGUCUUUGAUUGACAGUUUCCUAUACAUUUUAUUGCUUGUGUUUUUUGUUUUUUUAGAAGGGUGGUUCGACGAUGGUUGUCAUAAUCAGGCUAUGAGAUUUGGUGAUCUUCCUGGAUGGGCUACUAAACUUUCUAGAUUAGUUUGUGAGGCAGUCUGGUUUAGUGAAGUAUCUCCUGCAGCUGACACAGAAUCAAUUGUUGGAGAUCAGUAUGGAGAAGAUUGUUGGCCUUUGCCACUAGAUUUGUUGCAGAGGGAACCUCUUUUUGACCAACUAAUUGCCAAUGUCUACUAUCCAGGGGAGGGAAUUUGUGCACAUGUGGACCUAAUGCGCUUUGAUGAUGGAAUUGCGAUAAUCUCAUUAGAAUCAGCUUGUGUAAUGCAUUUCACUCGGUGUAAACAAGAAGAUAACAUUAACAAAUCUCAAACAGAAGAGGGUAUAAAGAGGAUCCCUGUUUUCUUGAAUGCUGGAUCAUUGGUUCUUAUGUCAGGGGAAGCUCGGUAUCUGUGGAAACAUGAAAUAAACCGGAAACAAGGAUUUCAGUCGUGGGAAGGAAGAGAAUUAGCUCAACAGAGAAGGACCUCCGUGACUCUAAGGAAGUUAUGCAAAUCACACAAUUGAAAUUUAAGCAAUUUUGUCAUUUCUUCCAUGCAAGUUUUUACCCUGAGUCUUCCUUUCAGCUAUUCAGUCAAAUAUUAAUAGAGGAACAUCCGUUUUGCUGCUGUUUUCUGUCUCUGAAGAAGUUGGUGAUUUUUGCAGAAGAAAUUGCCAACACGGACAGCCAUGUAUAUAUCCAACAUCAAUAUUUUUAAAUUGUUCUCAUUUAGAUCUACAUCCUCCAAGGAGCCAGGUUUAUUGUUAUUUAAAGUAGCUAACAAAUUCAACUUCAAAUGCUGAAUUUAUUGGUAAGGAGUUGUAAUUAUCUUGGAUGGUUAAUUGCCUGCAAUAAAUCUCUUUGAUUUUCAUUGCUUAAUCUUGCUCGUUCAAUAAUCCGUAGACUGCCAAUUAGUCCCACCUAGCCACCACAUUGUGUAGAUUCUGACUGAACAUCUUUCUGUCCCAUCAGAACGGUAUAGUGAUUAGCAUAUGAGGUGUUAUCUGUUAGUACAAUUGACCUCUAAAUUUUCGAUAUUUGAUAAUACACUUAAGUUUGGUCAGUUUGAUCAAGGGUUAAUUUAAAUAGGACUUGAUGUUUAGAAGAGAAUAGUUUAGUCAGAAUUAGAUGACUAGCAAGGAUAAGUCCUAAUCGAAGGAUAGACAAGUGAGAAGUCUUAACUAGAGAUUAGGCAAGUGGAAGUCCUGGUGAGUGAAGUCGGACCCUAGUGAGUGAAGCUAGUUGGUGGAAGUCUUGGUGAGUGAAGUCUGACCCUAGUUAGUGAAACUAGGUGGAGGAAGUCCUGAUGAGUGAAGCCGAGCUCUAUUGAGUGAAGGUAGACGGUGGAAGUCCUGAUGAGUGGAGCAGUGUCUAGUGAGUGAUGCUAGAUAGAGGAAGUCCUGAUGAGUGGAGCAGUGUCUAGUGAGUGAUGCUAGAUAGAGGAAGUCCUAAUGAGUAAAGACAGACAAUGGAAGUCCUAGUGAUUGAGCUAGGUAACCCUAGGUAAUGUGUGACCGACUAGUUUUCGGUCGACCGCGCGUGAUCGACCGGACCAACGAAUCCUGAAAUAUGUUGACACUGUGUUACUUUACCAAUUUAUCUAUUGUACUAAUCUAGUGUGCAGGAGUUGACAGGUAUGAGGGAGUCCAUAUAGGUCAACGGGCAGAUCGGAUAUCUGACGCGAAGUCUAGUUGGGUCUGCGAACCGGACAACUAGCAAAGUG